UUCUUCUUACUUGCGACCAUUGUAGACCACGCUUUAUAUUUCAUGGCUGCUCCUAAUCCUACUCUCUUGCUAUCUCAUAGUGACAGGAGCGAGCAGCAGCCGAUCGUCUUGUGUGUAUACAUAACAGAAAGCUAAUAGGGCAUAACGUUAACACCAGUGAACUAUAUACUAUAUUGGAACGAGAACGGCCCUCUUGAGAAAACCGGCCACCAAAAAAAAAGAGAUAGGUUGAUUUGGUACCAUAUAUGUAAUACUACUAUAUUGCUAUCGAGACGAAGAGGAGUGAAGCCAACAUCACGGUGCAGACAUAUAUCAUCUUCUCGCUUCAUCUUUCAAAUGCGUACUUCGGCGCAAAUACGCAUGCGCGUGUUUUAUGGAGUCGCAUAACCUCAUCAGAUAUACAAGUUGUUACGUUUCUAAAAGUGAUAAGAAGAGGAAAAAUGCGCUCAUGCUAUUUAUGUGGGAGAAAAGCUUCACGGGAAGAAAAUAUUUCUUUACAUAAAUUUCCUAAUAAACAAGACAUACGUAAAAAAUGAAAGGAAGCAUGCCAUUUACAUGACACAGAUGAUGUAUCCCAUUUGUACAUUUGCUCAACUCAUUUCAGAUUGCCGCAAAAUGUAAUUAGACAGAAAAAAUGGAGACUACCUCUUGAAAGUAUACCCAAUGCAGCAGGAGAAAAUAUAUCUAAGGAACCUGCGAUAUUUCAAACAGAAAUAGAUUCAAAGGUAUAUACAAAAAUAAUGGAUGCUGCAACGACGGAUGCCACAAUAGAUUCAGCAACAAUGAGUGCUACGACAGAUGUUGCAACAACAUAUUCUACAACAAUAAAUCCUGCAUCGAGUGUUGCAACAAUGGAUCCCGCAGUAAUAGAUUCAGAUUCUGAAAAAAGUACUGUCACUCUUCCAAAGAAACGCUUUUUCGCAGAGCCUCGAUAUAUCUCGGAAAUUACUGUUACUGAUGUAAAUACAGAAGAAAAAGCUAAAAAGGUUAUCACGUUUAUAAAACAGGAAUAUGAAAAGAAAUGCAAAGAAAUGAAGACUUUACAACAAAAAAAUAGAAGAUUGAAAAAGCUAAUUGUUUCAUUGCAAGAAUUAGUAGCACACUUAAAAGAAUCGAAAUUACUCUCUGAAGAUGCUGCAGACAAUUUCAUGAAUAUGUUACCAGAGAAUGUAAAAGCGAUAAUGUCGCGAAAGUUGAAAACAUACGGUAGUUACUCUCCUGAAAUUCGUAGUUUUGCACUAACACUUCACUUCUAUUCUCCUAAAGCAUAUACAUAUGUAAGAAAAAUAUGGAAUAUGGAAAAUAUGGAAAAAUAUGGAACAAUUUACUACCAGGUCCUUCCACAUUGCGAAAUUAGUAUCGUGUAGUCGAUGGAUCUCCAGGUUUUACAAAAGAAGCAUUAGAUGCCAUUUUAAAGCGUAGUAAUAAUUCUAAACCUCUUAUUAUUAACCUAGUUAUAGAUGAAAUGGCACUAAGGGAACAAAUUAUUUUCGAUAAAAAACGAUUUUAUGGCGGUAUCGAUUUUGGCACUUUGGAAAAUGAAGAUUACGAUAAUGACUCUAUUCCUACAGCAAAAAAUGCUUUAGUAUUUAUGGCAGUAUCGUUAAAUGAUAAUUGGAAAGUCCCAAUAGGAUAUUUUUUAAUUAGAACAUUAAAUGGCACAGAACGGUCGAAUCUCUUAAUACAUGCAUUUCAGCAAUUACAUCAAAUAAACUGUAAAAUUUUUUCCAUUACUUUUGAUGAUGCUCCAAGUAAUAUUAGUAUGUGCACUGCUCUGGGUGCAAAUUUUACAUAUGAAAAUAAUUUUAAGCCAUAUUUUAUAAAUCCAGUUACAUCGGAGAAAUGUUAUGUGUUCUUUGAUUUUUGUCAUAUGAUAAAAUUAGUAAGAAAUACUUUGGGUGACAAAAAAAUUUUACAAACAUCUAGUGGUGACAUAAUUGAAUGGAGUCAUAUAGUAAACCUGCAUGAAUUACAACAAAAAGAAGGUUUAAACAUUGCAAAUAAACUCACGAAUAAACAUAUUAAUUUUCAAAAUAAUAGAAUGAAUGUAAAAUUGGCAAGCCAAACAUUAAGUGCAAGCGUAUACAAUGCACUAAUGUUCUUAUCAAUGUCAGAUUCCACACAUCGAUUUGUUAAUUGCAAAGCAACUGCUGAAUUUUGUUUGAAUUUUAACAACAUGGGUGAUAUGUUGAAUUGUAAAAAUAAAUUUUCACGUCAGGAAUUUAAUACAGCAUUAACUUCUGAAAAUUAUGUACAACUACAAGCACAUGCUAAAAAUUUUGAAGCAUAUAUUAAUACAUUACAGGAUGAAAAGGGCACUCCUAUUUUAAAAACUAAUAGGAAAACUGGUUUUCUUGGAUGAAUUAUAUGUUUAACAAAUAUGUUUCCUCUAUUUGAUUAUUUAAAAUCUUUGGGGAUGACAUAUUUAUUAACAUAUAAACUGUCUCAAGACUUUCUUGAAACAUUUUUUAGUGCAAUACGAAGUCGCGGAGGAUUCAAUAAUAAUCCACAUGUUUUGCAAUUCAAAAGUGCUUAUAAACGCCUAUUGAUCAGACAUGAAUUAAAAGAGUUUGAUAAUGGUAAUUGUCUGUCUGAUAGCUUAGACAUUCUUCAUGUAACGUCGAAUCUAAAACAAUUCAAAUAUCCAAUAGCAGAUGAAGAAACAUAUUAUUUUGAUAACCAAUUACUCACUUUUGAUCACGAUUAUAUUAAAACAUGUUGGGAGCUCACACCAUAUGUAGAUAACAUUGUUCAAUAUAUAGCAGGAUAUAUUUCUAAUAAACUAUAUAACACUAUACAUUGUAUAGUUGUAUAUUUGUAAAAAUCAAUUAUUAGGUAAUACAUUGCCUUGGUUAUUACAGCUCAAAAAUAGAGGACCAUAUUUAAAACCAUCAGAUGAUGUAUGUAGGAUUUAUAAAAUAGCAGAAUCAACUAUCCGACAGUAUACAAAUAAAUUGCAAACAAAGAUGAUACAACAAUUAUUAAUGAAUAUUAUAUACCGUAAAUUAUCAUUUUCAUUUUCCAAUGAUACCAUGCAAAACCAUAUAUUAUCUCAGGAUAUAUUAGAUAAUCAUAAAACGCAAUUAUGUAAGCGUAUAAUAUCAUUAUAUAUAAACAUAAGACUGUUCCAUGAAGCCAAAACCAUGUCUUCUAAUACUCAUUAUAUUCGCCAAAAAUAUACAAAACUUAUAUUAUUUCACAAUCAAUAGCAUCUCCUAUGUAUAUAAAAUGUUGCAUUUUGAUAUUAAACAAAACUAUUCGUAAAAAUA